GGGAACGGACCAAUCGGCAGCAGCGUUGUUGCGCGAGUUGCCUAAUCGUGGUCGAUCCUGAAUCAUGGCAGACGAUCAUGAGACAGCAACAAAAGACAUGGAGGAGGAGGAUGGCUGCGGUAGUGACUGUGAGAAUGAAGAGGAGCAUGUACACAGUAAAGGCAAAAGCCCAGGGGAUGAACUGGGAGCAAAGAAGAAGAAAAAGAAACCAAAGCGGAAGAAGGAGAAGGGUGGAGGAAAGCUAGACUCAGACGAUCCAUCUAAGGUUAAUUCUUUGCCUGCAGAGAAAUUGCAGGAGAUCCAAAAGGCCAUUGAGCUAUUUUCUGUUGCCCAGGGUCCAGCAAAGAGCAUGGAGGAGGCCACCAAACGGAGUUACCAGUUCUGGGACACCCAGCCAGUGCCAAAACUUGGUGAAGUAGUGACAGUCCAUGGCCCAAUUGAGCCAGACAAAGAUAAUAUUCGACAAGAGCCCUAUAGCCUACCGCAGGGAUUUCUAUGGGAUGCCCUAGACCUUGGGAAUGCUGAAGUGUUAAAGGAACUGUAUACCCUGCUGAAUGAGAAUUACGUGGAAGAUGAUGACAACAUGUUUAGAUUUGAUUACUCACCAGAAUUUCUACUGUGGGCACUGCGUCCCCCUGGCUGGCUGCUUCAGUGGCACUGUGGUGUACGGGUCGUCUCCAACAAGAAAUUAGUGGGUUUCAUCAGCGCCAUUCCAGCUAAUAUUCAGAUUUAUGACCAUCUGAAGAAGAUGGUGGAGAUUAAUUUUCUGUGUGUGCAUAAGAAGCUGCGCUCCAAACGUGUGGCUCCAGUCCUGAUCCGCGAGAUCACCAGGAGAGUCAACCUCGAAGGCAGCUACCAGGCUGUGUAUACAGCAGGUGUAGUACUGCCAAAACCUGUAGGCACUUGUAGGUACUGGCACAGGUCACUGAACCCACGCAAACUAGUAGAGGUGAAGUUCUCCCAUCUGAGCAGAAACAUGACUAUGCAACGAACAAUGAAAUUAUAUAGACUGCCAGAGACCACAAAAACGCCUGGCCUGCGACCAAUGGAGCGUCGGGAUGUGGAACAGGUGUGCAGGUUGCUAAGGGAAUACCUGACGCAGUUCUAUCUGACCCCAGCAAUGAACGAAGAGGAGGUUGCUCAUUGGUUCCUACCUCGGGAAAAUAUUAUAGAGACUUAUGUUGUUGAGAGCCCUGAUGGAGAAUUGACCGACUUCUUCAGUUUUUACACUCUUCCUUCCACCAUCAUGCACCAUCCUGUUCACAAGAGCCUAAAGGCUGCUUACUCUUUUUAUAAUGUCCACACCAAGACUCCUCUCGUUGACCUCAUGAAUGAUGCCCUCAUCCUUGCAAAGUUGAAAGGAUUUGAUGUUUUCAAUGCACUGGACCUUAUGGAAAACAAAACUUUUUUAGAAAAGCUGAAAUUUGGAAUUGGAGAUGGCAACCUGCAGUAUUAUCUAUACAAUUGGAAGUGCCCCAGCAUGGCAGCUGAGAAGGUUGGGCUUGUGUUGCAGUAAAUUUGCCAUCACCGGAGCUGGAAAAAGCCACCAAUCAGCCAUAUCGGGGAAAGUCUGCUGACCCCUGGCCUGACACCGCUGAAUUCAGAAGAUUGCAAGAAAUGGGAGGGAAUGGAGCUCGUGGAUUUCAAAGCGAGAGUUUACAGAUUAUACCAUCCCAUAGACAUUUACUAUCCUGCCCAACCCUGUCAAAUCAAGAUUAUAUGCAUAAAACAUGAUUUUAAUAAAUGGAUUAGAACCUGUCUGAUUGGAAAACGCAAUGUUACGAGUAUGCAAAGAUUGAAGGCUUCUUUAUAUCUCUGUUUGAGAUAUAUUUGACCAUGGGUUCUCUCAUUCAAAAACAUUGCAUCAACUACAUUUAUUAAAACUCUAAGACUCCAAUUGCUUUACAUUUUAACUUGAGUACAGUUCUUUUCAGUGGAUGAUUUCCUAAUUGCGGAGCACGUGGGCGGUCUCUCUUGUAAACCGACUUUAAACAGCCUUGAGCAGUAUUUCUAAUCCAGUGUGUUGUCUUUGCUGGAUGUUUGUAAGUUCUAGAAUUGCUGGAAUUUUCUCUGUACUUUGGGGAGUUUCUAAAGAGGAUGCUGCACAUUGCAACUGCAGAUUUCCAAGAAGUCCUGCCUACACUCCUUAAUUGGGUAUUUAGAGUUGUGUGUUAAGAGUAAUGUGCAGGAGUGAGGGUAACACAUAGUGUUAACAUCCAAAUUUUCUACCAGAAAUUGAAACACCGAACAUUUUAAUGUAAGUCAAUGUUAACAAUGGGAAACAAGAUAUUUUGCAAUAUCCAACAGUCAACAAUGCAAUGGACAGGGUGCACGUGUGUGUGCGUGCGCGCGCAUAUCUGUGUCGGUCCAGGACUAUGGUGCUCACAUUUUCUCUUCAGUAAUCCUUCCAUGCUGUGUCUGAUAUGGAUGGCAGCUAUCAUGUUGUUCUCCAAUCACAUGCUUGCUCUCUUUCUUUACUGUCUUUUUAUUCAUUCUUUUUUUUCUGGCAAUAACUAUAAAUUUCACAGAUUAAUGAGAAUUAAAUGUCAUUGCAUUGUGGUGAAA